GUAAGCUCAAGGAGAGAAGGAUUGUUGCUCAUCCUCCGCAAGAUCUCCUUUAGGAAAAAGGCGGAGCAGAGGAUUUUCAUACUCGCAUGGCAAGCGCGCAGCACGCGCUCGACACGCCGCCUCAUUGGUCUGCAGCUCCUUCAAGCAUGUUAGCGCCAGUCGGCUAGCAGCAGAAUGACGAAUAGAAGCCGCAGUUAAAUAGGGUUGGAUGAUUUCAAGUCAAGGACUAAUUUUAGUAAAGUGGGAAUUAGCACCUUACUACACCACAAAUGUGCAAUGUUAAACUCUUUACUCCUGUGAUAAGUGUAUGGGUUAAAAAGUAAUGUUUAACUAGUAGAUCCUGAAGUCUUCUUCAUCGGCACACCUGCGUUGGACCAUUUUUGAGGAGACAUAUUAAAGCCAAUAAUGUUCGAAGCCGGAGGAAUUUCUGUUGUCCUACUUGACUUGACCUGCAUCGUACUUGCUGCACUCCCAUUUGCAGUGUUAACACCACAACACAAUCCAUUCAAACGAGGAUUCUUCUGCAGUGAUGAGUCGAUCAGAUAUCCCUUCAGAAAUGACACGAUAUCGUAUCAGUUACUGGCUGGAAUAAUGGUGCCACUGACCAUAAUUGUCAUUGUCUCUGGUGAAUGCCUGUCCAUAUACCUGGGACCCAUCAAGUCCAUGCAGUCAUUUGGCAACAGCUAUGGGCCGUGUGUAUACAAGGCAGUGGCCACCUUCUUAUUCGGAGCUGCUAUUAGCCAGUCACUGACUGACAUUGCCAAGUACACUGUUGGGAGACUCAGACCUCAUUUCCUUGCCGUUUGUAAGCCUUUGUGGAAUACUGUAGACUGUAAUUCAGGAGGCUACAUCGAAAGCUUCACCUGUACUGGAGACAAGAAUUUGGUGAAUGAGAGUAGGCUUUCUUUUUAUUCAGGACACUCUUCCUUCUCAAUGUACUGCAUGGUAUUUUUAGCUCUGUACCUACAGGCAAGACUGCAGACACAGUGGUCCCGGCUUCUCCGGCCCACUGUGCAGUUCUUCCUGAUUGCCUCAUCCCUGUAUGUGGGCUUGUCUCGUGUCUCAGACUACAAGCAUCACUGGAGUGAUGUGCUCACUGGACUGCUUCAGGGGGCUGUGGUGGCACUGCUGAUUGUGAUUUUUGUGUCCGAUUUCUUCAAAAAGCCAGCAACGUUGGAACUUGAAGAAGAGAUCUCUCAUACCAGUUUACAGGAUACUGCGUCUAAUGGGAACCACUAUGGCAGCACAGAUUAACAAUGACUGGGGGAGCCCUCACAAACUCUGCCUUCAGCAUACUGAGGUUCUAAUAACUCAUAUGUGUUCUAUGUGUUCUAAAAUACUGUAUUUCUUUGACCAGACUAUUGCUGCUUUGAUUGUACACGUGUGUACGUAUGUGUGUGUGUGUGAGAGAGAGAGUGAGAGAGAGAAGAGAAAGAGAUUAGGAAAUAUUUUUAAUUUCCAUUUUUCUGUUAUAAUUGUUUUAAUAUCUCAUUGAACUGAAACAGUAAAUGUGUUUAAGGCUCAUUUGGUUAUAUGAGUGGCUUUAUAAUAAUAAUGUAGAAUAUAAGAAUAAUAAUACACACAAAGCGUGUGCAUUAUUGGUUUUGCUAAUUUUCUGAUGCAGUGGAACUGGAAACAUCCAAUUAAACCCAUACAUAUCUUUGUUUUGAAAAAUCAAUGUGUUCAAUGUGUACAAAUUCAUCUCUGUUGUAUUUCUACCUAAAGUGAGUUGACCACUCUACCAAAUAUUGCACGUUUUAAAUUGGCAUUGUUAUGAAAGAAAAAGUGCCAUCAUGCCAUUUACACUAUACAUUUACACAAUAAACUGGCACAGGAAUUAAUGUUGGAAAUAGUGCCAUACAUCUGACAUAACCUAUUUAAUAGGGCUUCUACUGGUUUCCUUUUUUCUUUUUUGUCUUGGGUGUUUGUCUUGCUACCGUACGUCUG